AUGGGAUAUGUUUAUGAUGGGAUAUAUAGGACCCACAAAGCCAUUAAGGAGUUGUUUAAAAAAAAACACUUGUACAAGCCUUACACUUCCAUUAUCAAAGAGCGGUGGAAUAGGACUUUACGCACCGGGAUUCAUGUCUUUGCAUAUUGGUUGAAUCCUGCAUUUCAAUUUGACGAGAAUAACUUGUGCCAAAAAUUAGAAGUUCAGCGAGGCAUACUUGAUGUACUUGAGUGGCAAACAUUGUUUAAAGCAAGUGAAUUAAUGGAUGAGAUGAAAAUAUUUAGGGAAAGGCAAAAAACUUUUGCUCGACCACUUGCUUUAAGCACUAGCAAGACUAUAAUGCCCGAAUUCUUAGUCAAACCGCUUCUUCGGGGUGUAAAUGCAAUUGGAGUGUGUUUGAACGCAUACAUUCCAAGAAAAGAAAGAUUGGAGCACCAAAGACUUAUUGACUUGGUAUAUGUUCACUACAACUUACGUUUGCAACAUAGGUUGGAUUCAAAAAAUAGACUUUAUGAUCUAAUCGAUUAUGAGUGCAUUAAUAAAACUGAAUUUUGGGUGGUGGAAGAAAAACCUAAAGGAGAACUUGCUCAUGAUGAAUUAGAAUCUAUGUUAGAAGAGCAACCAAAAACAUAUGAAGAAUCAACAAACUUGACUAGAGGUGGUAAUGAAGAUGACAUGGUUGCAAUCGAAGAUGAUGAUAAUGCAAUGGUUUUGUUGAAGGAAUGA